GGGCAGAACUGGAGAACAUAGAGAAUCCCUAAUUACAUCUUAAAUUAAGGUCCCUUCCCCUGCCCUCCCCUGAAUCGGAAAAACAAAGCAUUUAGCAUCCCAUAAUCCAUGGGGAAGAGGAAGGAGCGUCGUCUUGCCGCUUUGAGCAACGCCGGCCGUCGUGUCAAACUCGAUCUUUUCGCGGAACCCUCUGAAGAUUUGGGUGGCUCCCAAGAUGAUAGGGACGCCAAUCAUGAGCCUGCCUUGCCCUUGCAACCGUUGCCAAAUUCACCAUCUUCAUCUUCUUCUUCAGGUGGGUUCCCUCAGUUUUCUUCGAAAGGACUAUGUAUGUAGAGGGGGGGCAUCACUGCUCUACAUUCUUUGUUUCCGUGGAAUUAUGGGUUCCACACAAAGACAUGUUUUUUGAGUUUGUUUUAUCAGAAAUUAGGGUGCUUCUGCUCUUUACAACAACAUUCACACAGGUCAGCUCAGCUCGGCCCCUGCUACUCUCAUUAUUUGAAUGUUAGACCCUGCCUGCAUCAAAGCCUUUUGCAGAUUUUCUUCGUCUGCAAAAUUUCCCUCUCGGUUCGUAUGUCUCUUGCCUUUUAAUUUCUCCAAUGCCUCCACUGACAUCUUUGUUUCUCAUGUGCAGGUGACUCUGGUCAAUAAUUCCUAUAAUCUCAU